UGAAUCGCAAGUCUACGGCUGUUUACCUUCGCCAGGAUACGCGUAUUAACCGCGGUUUGCCAUCAUGGAAUUCUGACGACAGAGCCCUCUCAUGACACAAAUGAAAAAGCACUACCACGAGCAAAAUGGACGAGGAAGAAAGUCGUGGAUGUCGGAGUGUAUCAAUGUCUACAUUUCCACCAACUCCAUUAGGAUUAGAAGCCUUGUAUUCACUAUGUCGACGAAUAUAUCCAGAUCAAAUGAACCCACUUCAAGUGACUGCCUUAGUUAAAUAUUGGCUUGGAGGUCCAGAUCCUUUGGAUUAUAUCAGCAUGUAUACCAAUCCUGGAGAUCCUGAACGGAAUAUACCACCUCAUUGGCAUUACAUUAGCUUUGGCUUGUCAGAUUUACAUGGUGAUGGGAGAGUGCAUGAUGUAUCAGGGCCAGAAACACCAAGUGGUUUUGGUUUUGAGUUGACAUUCCGGCUGAAAAGUGAACCGGGGGAAACUGCUCCACCAACAUGGCCAGCUGCAGUUAUGCAAGCCCUUGCCAAGUAUGUGUUCCAGUCAGCCAAUACGCUAUGUGUAGGGGAUCAUGUCUCAUGGCACAGUGCGUUAGAUAAUAGUGAGUCACGUAUUCAACAUAUGCUGAUGACAGAGGACCCACAGUUAGGAACAGCACAUACACCAUUUGGAUCAGUGAAUUUUGUCCAGAUUGUGGGCAUUUGCACAGAGGAGCUGCAAGCAGCGCAGCACUGGAAUGGCCCCGGUGUUCUUGAGAUUCUUAAGAGGCUACCAGGUGCAGGGGGCCCAUGGUUAAUAACAGAUAUGCGCCGUGGUGAGAGCAUGUUGGAACUUGAUCUAGCAGCUCAGGAGGAGGUGGAGAGAGGAAUUGAGACUGAAGGAUCGAACCUUAGUGGUGUUAGUGCUCGGUGUUCAUGGGCUGAUGUUAAUGUGCAGCAGCUGACACCAGGAGCAGGACUUGGAAAAGGGGAAGGGGGUCUGUUACGAGAGGGUCCUGCAACCCGUCCUGAACCACUAGAUACUCCUCACCUAUCACAGCAGCAAAGCCAGCAAAUCAAAGCAGCCCUCAAGAAAGGUCUUCUCAAUACGAAACCUGUUCUUCCACCAAUCAGAAGAUGUACAGAUCUGGACAAUAAUGACAAUUCCUAUAAGAAAGAUUCCUAUGACAGUAGCUCAUCAAAUGAGUUUGGUGCGCUAGAAUCAACAGAACUUCUGCGGAGCAAGAGAUUGGAGGGCUUGCAUCUCACAUUCAACUUAGAAGCUGGGAGUUUGUUGCCCUUAGCAGUACGGGGUCGUGUAAAGCAUGGACGGCAUUUCACUUUCAAGUCUGUGCUAGGUGACACAGCCAUUACACUUGUUGCCCCAACAGUGACAGGCACACUCGUGGAUCCAGAACAUCCAUAUGUUGCUCAUGGACCAUGGCUUCAGGUUCUCAUUCCUGAUGAACUGGCACAGGCUAUGUCUGAGAGUUUUGAAGUUUUUAAUAAUCCAGAAGAGGUAAGUGGACGUUCUAAUUCUUCCAAAGACAUUUGUGUGGCCAGAUCAUAAGAUGGCCAUUACGGUUGUCGAAGACAAGAUAUGAUGUAGUGCAGUUAUGUGUGACAGAGACAUUAGUGUGCGAGUUUUCUGGCUGUUCAAAGCAUAUCACUAUUCAUCUUUAACCUUGAUUUACAAACACAUAAUAUUGUAACACAUGUUUGUGUGCCUGUGCAAUGAAACCUGUAUAUGAAGGUUUUAUUUAUUGCAGAAUUUUAAAGAUGUGAACCCAGAAAUGACUCUUAAUUCAUAUUAUACAACAAAGAGCUUCUCAGGUCAUAAAUCAUAUCAAGAUUAGAGACAGUUGUGUUUUUGAAAUUAGUUCUGCCCAGCUGAAGACUACUUUAUUGAAAUACAACACUGUGAAAGUUUUUUCUUAUAUACAGUGUAGUUCAUCUAAUUCUGAAAUUUUGAAAUUUCUUUGUAAGUACUAUGUAAACAGUAUUAAGGUGAGUCUGUUUAUAUUGCAGUGGCAAAUUAACAGAUGUCUCCAGUGUUGGUCUUCUCUGUUGAUGGUAGAAGGAGGUAUGAACUAUAGUUUGCUAGUAACAUGGAUGUAGGAACCCAAACAGAUAAUGAAAGAAUGGAUGUAAGUGUGCAUACAUGGAAGCAAACAUGAAUACUGUACAUUGAGUACAUACACACAAACAUCUCUUCAUACAAGAUAAAUGAAAUGGCAUGCUUAACCCUUUCACUGCUAGUAUGUUAAGUAGCUCUCAGUACCCUCUGUGCUGAAUUAUUUUUGAAUAAAUCUUUUAUAAAUAAUUUAA